AAUGGCGGAUGUUCUGUUGUUUGACAACAUGAAGUUUAUCUGUUUUGUCGUCUCAUAAAUAGUGAUUUUUCUCUAAAAUGUCGGGAGGUGUUGGUGUCAAUUUACGGGUUACGGGACACUGUAAUCAAGGUGGCCGUAAGUAUAUGGAAGAUAUGUUUUCGGUCGCGUAUCAGCAGACAGCGGACUUGAAAGAUCUUGAGUACGCCUUCUUCGGAAUAUUCGAUGGCCAUGGCGGACCUGAAGCUGCGACCUAUGCCAAAGAACAUUUAUUAGAUUCUAUCGUAAGUCAAAAAGCAUUUUGGAGUGAUAGAGAUGAAGAUGUACUGCGUGCAAUUCGCGAAGGCUACAUGUCAACCCACUACACUAUGUGGAAGGAUAGAGAUAAAUGGCCAACCAAUUCUUCUGGACUUCCUAGUACCUCCGGAACCACUGCAACAAUUGCAUUUAUCAUGAAGAGUAAGAUUUACAUCGGCCAUGUUGGUGAUUCAGGCAUUGUCUUAGGAUUCCAAGAAGGAACUGACCCCACAUGGCAGGCAAAGCUUUUAACAAGGGAUCACAAACCUGAAAGUUUCACUGAAAAAAGAAGGAUACAUUUGUGUGGAGGCAAAGUUAUCUCAAAAGCAGGUGUUCCUCGAGUAGUUUGGAAUCGGCCCAAAAUUGGCCACAGAGGUCCUGUACGGAGAUCAACACCAAUUGAUGAAAUUCCUUUUUUGGCUGUAUCGAGAUCAUUAGGAGAUUUUUGGAGUUACAAUUCUGAGUAUGACAAGUUUGUCGUCUCGCCAGAGCCUGACGUCAGUGUUUUUCCAGUUGAUCCGCAAAAGCAUCGAUGUCUUAUUUUUGGAACCGAUGGUUUAUGGAAUGUUAUGAACCCAUCUUAUGCUGUUCAGACAGUCCAGUGGACAGAAAUUCAAAAUGAAAAACACGUUAUCAACCAAACUCAAAACCAAAAUCAUCCAGAGUGGAUAAAUCCAAGUAAAAAUUUAGUGGAUGAAGCGCUAUUCCUGUGGUCAGUGAAAAAUCUGAGAGCAGACAAUACUAGUGUAGUUACUUUAAUGUUGGAUCCCCCUGGACCACCUCGAGCUCAGGUAUUGAUGUCUCAACUGAAGAGGAAUUGUAGUGCAAAUGAAAAACCACUGAGCAGCACACCUCUUGAAGCGGGAUCAAAACUUUGUGGAUCAAAAGGGAGCAUGUCCCCUCAAACCUCUAAUGAUAUUCCUUUAGAAAUGGGUGAAGAAAACUUACCAGCUGUUCCCGCCUCAGGAAGUGUAGCAUUGUUCACUCAUUAUGGCUCAAACCAAUAUUCACUACCUUGGUCCAUGAACAAAUCCUCAGCGCCAAUGUCAUCUCCAAAGGAAGAUUUAGAUGCCUCUAUCAUCGACCAUGAAAGGCUGUUGUCAAAUUCUCCCGAUAAAUCAAGCAACAGGAACAGCAAUAGCAGCCAAAGUGGCACAUGUACAAGCAACAUUGUAGAUGAAAGCCAUAGAAAUUUGGUUCAAAUCAAUGAAAUUUCCUCUUCAAGUACCUCUGAAAACCGAAAUAGUGAUAAUGAUGAAAAAUGUGUAUUUGCUAAUAAUAUAAUUCAGAAAUUCAAGAGGAAGCCUAAUAUUUGCUCUGAAACUAGUCAUUGUAUGAACAAUACCUCAACUUUGCCGAAGAAAAAAAGGUCUAGUGAAGGUGUCAGAGAUGAUGAAAAAGCUGGCAGCAAUAGUGACGUAGAAAAUGAGCGUGAUAAUUGGCAGUCAACGCCAGCCUCUACCUCAAAUUCGAUGAAACGACGAAAAUCGAAAAAAUCGUCCUCGGAUUGGAACAGAACUUCUCACAGCAUAAUGUCUCCCCUUCCAAAUACAGGUAAAAUGAGCUCUAUGAAGAAACCAGUUCGAUCAAUCGAGACUACAACCAGGACUCUGCGCUCGGAUACAUCAGCGGCAACACCUGUCAAAACUCUUCGAUCAAGGAAUGUAGAUUUAUCAUCGUGUAAUAAGCAGCAGUCGGACUUCUCUAUGCCAGUCAAGUGCUCCAGAAAUGUGGAUCUUUCCUCGUCCAAGUUAGCUGUGCUUCCAAGAACUGGCGUCUUUUCUAGGACUUCAGAAAAUGUACACUGUUUAGGGUCGUCUCCGAUUUUGAAAAGGUCGGCUUCUAUGUCACCAACUCCUCAUAUUCUGGCAAACAAGUAUGGGAAGCAAUCAAACUCUCUGUCCCCGCCAGCCAAGCGAUUUUCUAAAGAUGUAAGCAACAGUAGGCAGUGUAUGAAAACAAGGAGUCAUGUAAGUCGUCGCUUCAUUAAGUGAAUCCUUAAAGACCCUGCCUUUCAAAGUCUCAACUUUAUCUCGCAUUUCGAGCAAAUUUUCAGAGAAUUUCAAUGAUUGUUUAUAUCUCCCUUAAAUUUUAGUUUUUUUUUUUUUUUACAAUUAGUACAGCCAUUAACAAUCAUCAUGGUUUUUUCUUUUUUUGAAAGUGAAGAAAUCACUUUUUGGUGUAACACUCAGGUAACUUCGGAAUAUCUACAUUUAUGCCAGCAUUUUCAAGACUAAUUCCCUGGUGCCAGUUAUAAAUCAAAAUUCAAUUUAAAUUAGUAUUGAAAGAGGACUGAUCAGUGUUUGCGCAAAGUUUUGUUACUUAUCAUUACCUACUAAACUCUGGCUGAGUUUCUACUCAAAUAAUUCACAAUUUAAUGCAGCUUAAUUUAGAUCUGUUCGAAAUGCUUUGAUCUGGUUGAACCAGUAAAGUGCUGCUCAGAUCUCUUCAAUUAGAACCAAAACGUAUUUGAAAGCUUGUUGAUGGUAUGUUUGAUAAAAAUUGAACCAUCAGUUAUAUUUACCAAUAAAGAUUGCAUUAUACUGCUACCAUUCAAGUCAAACAUGUAUUCUUGACUAAGUUCAUGCAACGGUUUUCAACUUUCAUUACACCAUGCGAGUCUAUAAACACAUAUUCAACCGGUCCAAGAAAUGCUUGAAUAAAUGUAGCUCCUGUCACCAAAAUGAAUCUAUAUUUUUUUAUUUUUAAAGUGAAACGUGCUAAGGGUACUUAUACUGAAUGCACUAGGAUAUUGUACUGAUGAAAUCAAUGUUCACAAAAUGGAAUUUUUAAAGAAUCACUGAGGUAAGAACUGCCAGAAAGUCACAUUACGUUUCUUUGACGUGAAUUUUUUACCAAUCCUAUCUUCUGAACUCCCUAUCAACCUUUACCCAGAAAUGAUUUGUAUCACUGCUCUGUGGAUUUUCAAAAACCUAAAUCUACUUUUCUUAUUUUCAGUGGUUUUGAGUUUUGAAAAUGAACUAGGUGUCUGCAAAGACAUAGCGUAACCUUUCAGUCUACAUAGUGAUGAGCAAACCAUCUAUCCUAUUUCGAGGAGACUUGGUGCUGAUUUUUUCCACCACCAUAAAAUUUUAACUCUUGGUUUCUCAAAAUUACUGGGUUGAAAAAUGGGAGCUGAACUCAUAUGUUAUUGAAAUACACUAUUAGAUCUCAUUCGUGCCUUAUUGCAUAUUAAAUACUUCAGUGGAUCUUCAUCUUAGCUUGAUUUUUGUGGUCUUCAAAAUGUGCAUUCAUGCCUAUUACUCCCUUAUGACAUUUUUUAAAAAAUUACCCAUUUUUAUUAUCUCGUCCUAGCAGAUGCGUGUAGCUGUACCUUUUACUGUUUAAGUAGUUGAAAGUUUUAAGAAUUUUUGUUCACUUUUUGAAAAAGUUUGUCAUCAUUAUCAGAGAAUAUGUAGGUGUAUCACAUUUUUAGUUGUCCUUUUCUUAAUCUUAUUUAUGUAUCAAGAAUAAGUCGUUGCAAUCAAAAUGUCCCCUUUAUUUCUCUCUGUCGUUGUGUUCAGAGAAUCUACCUUCAUAAGUAGAAAAUUACCAUCGCAGUUUUAAAUACAUAAAUGUUUUUGAAAUCUUUGACAGUCCCUUUAAAUCAUCGAUAAAUAAUUAUUUUCUUUGGCAGCUUAAAUGCCCUAAAUUAAAAAAUUAAGUUGCAACUAUUUUACCACAUUUUUAGUACUCUCUUUAUCGGAGCAAAAUAUUACCAUGAAUCAUCAACAGACACAAAAACGCCGUAAUUUUCAUUACUAGUAGGCUAGUUUAAUUCUGUAUGUAUGUAAUUUGGAAAGCUGACAGCAAAUAAAGGAGUUGAAUUCUUACUAAGGGCAAUUCAGGAAAAAAUUCAUGCUGGAGAGUUAGAAAAUUUUUUUAAUUUUACCAUUAAUUUUAAGUAUAUCCUCAAUAUCUGUUCUGUUUAACCGGAAUUUUUAUGCUGGGCUGAGGAUUUCGACAAGUCUCACAAAUGGCUGUGUAUCCAAUUUACCAAAUAACAAAACAAGCAUCCAGCUUAUUAAGUUGUGGCUCGCACUUACUAUGAAAUCAGGUGCGCCACUUUUCAGCUAACUAAUUGAAGCCUUAUCAAAAUAUUCACCUGUGUCAGCGAUGCAAGAGCAAAUUUCAAUUUCAGUACAUAGGAGGUCUCUGAUUUAAUACUGUGUUUGGAUUGUAUCUUGUUUGUAAACAUGAGACGUCCUCAUCUUUAUGAGCUGCUUUGAUCAAGUUUUUGCCUCCAUUCACAUAUUGAAUUAAACUUGUUGGGUUAAAACUAUAUGUGUUUCUCUUUUUUUUUUUAAAGAAAUAAAUAUUUUAAAUCUUUUUUAAAUUUAGAACUCAGAACUCUCCUAUUCUCAUACUUUGUUUGCGGCUCUCUUUCAACAAUGCAUUCUUGUACCAUUUUAACCGGAAAUUUUCUCUUCAAAAACGGUUUGAUAAGAUUUCACUAUGAAUAAGCAUCAUUUGUAACCCGUGCAACGUUUUUGUGUGUCCAGAGGUGGUUCUUUCAUUGCUCACACAACAACUAAGUAUGUGAUUAUGAUAAAGAGGACAAAAAUAUUUGCCUGAAGGUUUAUUUCUGUACCAGUUUGAGCUAUACUAACAUUGCAUCUCUACAAAAUAUUACCAUCCUUUUAACUAUAGUAUCAAAAUCCAGGCCAAAAUAUUUAGCUGUGCUCCCUGUAAAGUAAUGAGAAUACAAUAAUGAGUAUUCAGAAUGAAAUAAAAUAUAGUUCAAUCCAAAUUUAUUUUUAAAAAAAAAAAACAACAAAUAAAUGCUCUUAAGCACAGAUUUUAACUUUAUUUCCCUCCAUAAAUUUUGAUAAAGAUAUCAUUUUUAUCUGCAAAGACAUUUUAGAUUCGGGAAUCAAGUAUGGAAUAUACUAUUUAUUUUUUAAGUCUUCCAGUCUACUAAACUGGAAAUAGAUUUGCUCUUAUUUUAAAGUUUAAUCUGUUUGUUAUUGAGUUUUUGAAUUCGUCAAUUUGGUAUUAUUAUAAGUUUAUACUCAUCCAUCUCUAUCUAGAUUUGUGUAUUUGAUAUUUUUUCGAGAUGAAUCAUCUAUAAUCGUUGUCCUCAAUCUCUUUAUCCUGAAAACUUAAUUUUAUUUUUCUCAAGAUUUAUGAUUAGGUUAUCUUUUAUUGUUGGCAGAUUUGUAUAUGUUUAUUUUUUGUAAUUUCUUUUUUUUUCCAAAUACAUACCAAUGCAUUAUGUUUCUAUGAAAGUUUAAAUCAUGAAGAAUAAAUUAGUUGUUAAUUAUGAUAGAAAA